CACUGUUAUCACUAAUUGUGUACCAUUUCUAGAUUUUUAAACCUGUACAAUUUGAAUGUUCAAAUACAACUUACACAAGUAGUUUUAGAAAAAAAUAAUUUACAAGACAAGUGUAGGUACCUAGUUUUUAAUUUGUUAUGUUAGCGUCCAAUUUAUAAUAUUGAAUUGGGCGAUAUAUCGAACAUGGAUCAAGACAGGGCCAUGAAACUGUACCUGAAUGGUGCGACAGCGUUUUUUCUCGACAUACCGUCAGGCAUGGAAUUUGGCAUCGAUAUGAUGUCCUGGGCGACUGGUGAUAAAUUCAAAGGAAUCAAAAUGAUACCUCCUGGUAUACAUUUUGUGUACUACAGUGCCACUGAUAAGUAUGGUAAUACUGCUCCACGUUGUGGUUUCUUUCAUAGUUUUAAAAAAGGUGAAUGUCUUGUAAAAAAGUGGGAUACAAACAAUGAAAUGUUGGUAGAUGUACCCAGAUUGGAAGUAGUGCAAUACAAAACAAAUACCUUAUAUUUUGAUGACUGUUUGGGACCAUAUCCAUAUGAAGAACUAUCGAAAUGGAAUGGUUUAUCUUCAUUACUAACUGAAAAUUUAAUACAAAAAUUAUGCCCUGAAACAAAAUUAAUCCGAUCGGCAAUGGAGUUAUUUCCUACAUCGGUAAAGGAAAACACAAAAAAAAGAAGAAAAUGGGGUCCUAUUAGAAGUGAAACAGAUGUUGGAUAUGAAAAUUUGCCCAACUUAGUACCGAAAGAAGAAAAUAAAAUAAGAUUUACUGAACCUCCAGAAUGUCAUUAUCCACCUGGUUCAUCACUUUCAGAAAUCACUAAAUAUUCACUUGAUACUUCAUACAUACUUGAUUACAUGGCUGAAAAACAUGAUAGUAAAAUAGAUUUAUUAGCCGAACUACAGUUUUCAUAUGUUUGUUUUCUUCUUGGUUUAAGUUAUGAGUCUUUUGAGCGCUGGAAGAAGCUGUUUCAAUUAUUUUGUAUGAGUAAAGAUGCUAUUGCUCAAGAUCAAAACUUUUUUGCAAAGUUUUUCAUAGCAGUACGUCAUCAGCUAGACACAAUACCUGAAGGUUUUUUGGUCGAUAUUGUUGAAAAUAAUAAUGUUAUUUAUAAUGGUCUAAAAGAAUUAUUUAGAACAUUAGAAACUUGUGAUCUUAUACUGGAGGAUGAUCUCAAAGAUGGCACAAUUCAAAUAAAGAGAUUUUUGCAACAAAAGUUUGGUUGGGAAUUCAAUGGGUUAGAUGAAGAGGAUGACGACGAAGCCCCUGUUGUUGUGGACUGUACUGAAGAUUAAUUUUGAACUUUUAUUAUUUAAGAUCUUACCAACAUAUUAUUACUUGUAAUACAAUUUUUUAG